UAUGUGGUGUGCAAAAGGAAGCUGGAAAGUAAAAAAGAGGCAUUGCUGAUCCUUUCCAAAGAGCUGGACACCUGUCAACAAGAAAGAGACCAGUACAAGCUUAUGGCCAACCAGUUGCGAGAACGACACCAGUCCCUGAAAAAGAAGUAUCGGGAGUUGAUUGAUGGGGAUCCUUCCCUUCCUCCUGAAAAGAGGAAACAGGCAAAUCUUGCUCAGCUACUGAGUGAGGCUCAAGAUCGAAAUAAACAUCUUGGAGAAGAGAUUAGAGAGCUUCAGCAGAGACUAGGAGAAGUACAAGGGGACAAUAAGCUCCUUCGAAUGACAAUAGCAAAGCAAAGACUUGGAGAUGAUGAAGUUGGAGCUCGCCACUUUGCAGCACAUGAGCGGGAGGACCUUGUUCAACAGCUGGAGAAGGCUCGAGAACAAAUUGAGACUUUGAGAUACGACCUUCAGGCUGCACUGGAUGAGUUACAGGAUGUGAAAGAGGAACGUUCCUUUUACCAAGAUAAGUCUGACAGACUAAACCAAGAGCUUAAUCACAUCUUAGGAGGGCAUGAAAACCGUAUCAUUGAUGUAGAUGCUCUGUGUAUGGAGAACAAGUAUCUUCAAGAGAGAUUAAAACAACUUCAAGAGGAAGUCAACCUUCUUAAAUCUAAUAUUACUAAAUAUAAGAAUGCACUAGAGAGACGAAAAAAUUCCAAGUCUCAUAGCAGAUCCGGUAGCAGUGCUCUGACUGGAGUCCUGUCUGCAAAACAAGUCCAAGAGUUGUUGUCAGAGGAUCAUGGAUGUAGCCUGCCAGCCACACCACAGUCCAUUUCAGAUCUCAAAUCACUGGCUACUGCGUUGCUGGAAACUAUCCAUGAGAAAAACAUGGUCAUACAACACCAAAGGCAAACCAACAAAAUUCUAGGUAACCGAGUGGCAGAACUAGAAAAGAAAUUAAGAACUUUGGAAAUUGCUGGCUUGUGGAGUCUUCCAGGCCUGAGCUACAAUGUCUCAGUGGGAUUUGGGAGUGGAAAGGACACCAUAACAUUCAGCGACCCAGCCUUGCCUGUUGCACAGCGGUCCAGGUCACCGUUGUUGGCGUUUGCUGAUAAGCCACAGAAAAGUGGAGUACAAGCAGAACAGAAGGGCGAAUACGACGAAACUUGUGCUGUUGCAACUGAGUCCCUGGCUCCAGAGGGAACAAACUUAAAUAACAGAAACCAAAAUAAACAUUUCUAUCCUUCAUUACCUCAGCUACCUUCCAAAGGAGAAGAGAGGGACCAGCUCAGGAGUCAGAUAGUUAAGCUGACAGCGCAGGCAGUUGCAGAACUGGGAGGGGAGAGCGCAGAGGCUCCCGCGGGGCAGCAGGACACACGGCCUGGGGCGGAGCUGAGUGGCUCAUCGGAGGGAGAGGUCCCCCCCUCCAGCCCUGACCCAUCCGACCCCACAGACCCCUCAAACUCGGAGAACGAACAGACAGAUGAAACUGAGGCCCUGAAAGAGAAUGAUGAAACCUCAGAGAGCGACUGUGAGAUUCCAAAUGAAAGAGGGGAUCAACCCAGCAGCAUCGUGGAUGUGCUGCACACUGAGGAGGCUGGAAGGUGUGGAGGGCUCAGAGUUACGACUGCACACACAGAUACUAGCUCUGAGGAGCUCUCUGAACCUGAAAGCAAGAAACCAUCUGAUGCUGCUGAAAACUGUGAAUAUUUGGAUAACAGUUUGGCUUGA